GGUACGUCGCGGUACGUCGCGGUACGUCGGAUCCCGUCGGAUCUCGUCGGCGACACGCAUCUUCGCGGUCUUUCGGUUUCCCUCGGUGGGAAAAUUCGCGGCGAACAGGCGCUUUCGCUUUCUUCGGGAACAUCUUUGAACGGAACCGACGGUUUCUCUAUGAAUUUUCCGGUCGUCGGCUACGCGCGCUCGCUCGCGAAUGCUGCUCGGCCGAUCGCUCGUUACUCGCUUGUCCGCUUUCUCUCGCGUGUCGCGAAUGCCGCUGGAUGGGGGUAACGCUCGGAAGAUCGCGGAUGCCCAUUCGCGCAAACUGCGAUCCGUCGCGCGUCUUCCGUCUCCCGCCAAACAUCGCGCCGCUCGACUCGCGCCCGAUAUCGAGGAUCGAGGACCGAGGAUCGAACAUCGAGGAUCCAAGAUCGAGGAUCGAAGAUCGAGGAUCGAGGAUCGAGGAUCGAGGAUCGAGGAUCGAGGAUCGAGGAUCGAGCAUCGAGCGAGCAGCGUGUCGGGUAUAUCGUCCACCGACGUUCAAAACUGCGACGUCCACCUCGCGCACGCAAUUGAAACUUCAGCUGAUGCGAGAGCAACUGCAGGAACAAGAAAGACGGGAGGCAGAAUUUCGUCAGAGCUUGCAGCACCAGAGACCGGCAGCUGCUCUACCCAGACCCGUACCCCCCACGUCCCUUUCAACCAUUGGGGUGGACGUGCCGCCGCAAGUCUUGCAAGUACGGACAUUGUUGGAGAAUCCGACGCGCUACCAUGUCGUUCAAAAGCAAAAGAAUCAGGUGCGACAAUAUCUGCACGAAUCGUUCCGUGGCGGCACAGACGGUUGCGCCGAGACUGAAAACCUUCUCGGAAAAAGUUCGAUCGAGACCGUACCGUCGUCCGUUCCAAUGGUUGUCCAUAGCGCGCCGCCGGGACCAGCGGUUCACCAUCCGAAACCGCAGCAUCCUCAUUUGGCAUCGUAUCCACACCCACAACCGCAACCGCAACCGCAACUGCAACAUCAACCACAGCCGCAACCACAGUCACGGUCACAGCUGCAAUCGCAACCGCAACCGCAAACGCAGCCGCAAACGCAACAACAACAGCAGCAGCAGCAGCAGCAGCAGCAGCAGCAGCAGCAGCAACAGCAACAGCAACAGCAACAGCAACAGCAACAGCAACACCAACUUCCUCCGUCCGUGUUAUCGCACGGCAAUUCUGUUACGGCUAGUCCAGACCCUACGUCCGGCGCCAUGUCGCCGGGUCUCUCCAGCGUCGCCACUAGCAAUUCCGAGGCGGAGGACCUUCUCGACGAUAUCCUGUCGUUCGAGGGUGGUUCGUUGGGCGACAGUCUGAAAGACGGCCAACCGGGAAGUCUGAGCAAUAUUCCCGAGCUAGAGAUUAAACCGGAGCCUCUAUUGCUCACCGAGGCGGAGAUUCACGCCCUCGCGAAAGAUCGACAGAAAAAAGAUAACCACAACAUGAUUGAGAGGCGACGACGUUUCAACAUCAACGAUAGAAUCAAAGAACUCGGCACUCUUCUGCCUAAAACCAACGACCCGUAUUACGAAAUCGUUCGCGAUGUCAGACCGAACAAGGGCACGAUCCUGAAAUCGUCGGUCGAAUACAUCAAACUUUUGAAAACCGAAGUACUGCGAAUGAAGCAGCACGAGCUGAGACACAAGCAACUGGAGCAUCAGAAUCGUCGAUUGCUCCUACGAGUACAAGAAUUGGAACUUCAGGCGAAGGCGCACGGGUUACCAGUUUCCAACUUCAAUUGGGCCUCGAAUUCUACCAGUAUGCUGAACGCCUUCUCUCGAAGCAAGCUGGAGCAUCGUAAGAUUCCGGACCUAGUCGCGGAAGAGGCGACGAGUUUGAGCAUGUCGCAGCUCGACGAUCUAAUGGAGGACGACGCGACCGGUCCGAUUCACAGCGGCGAUCCGAUGCUGUCUUCGCCGCAUCUUCCACCUUUAAGUCCACCGGCCACGGGGUGUCAGCACGCCCUACCGGACGAAGAUACCCUCGGCAUCGGUUUGUUAAUACAUUUCGAUAGAUACUCGACCUACGAGCGAUGUGCAUUUCAAAGUACAUACUUGAUUUGA